AUGGGGCUUUCUUCCACGUCAAUCUUCCUAUUCCUUUACUUCUGCUCAUCAAUUUAUUCUGCCGCCGCCGCCGCCGAUGAUCUUCGCCUCAGACUAGAAGCUAAGAAGCUAGUGAGAGACCUUAAUUUGUUCCCGGAAGUCAACCUCAACAUCGUUGCUGCUGCAAAUUCAUCUUCAUUAGAUCUCAGUGGCAAAAUCGUUGAGAAGCGUCUCAAGUUUCCUAAUCUAGUUGGCGAUGAUGAUGAUGAUGUUUCCGUUGAGGAUUUUGGUCAUUAUGCCGGUUAUUAUCCCAUUCAAAAUUCCCAUGCCGCAAGGAUGUUCUACUUUUUCUUUGAAUCACGCAACCACAAGGAAGAUCCUGUUGUGAUUUGGUUGACUGGAGGUCCUGGCUGUAGCAGUGAAUUGGCUCUGUUUUAUGAAAAUGGCCCUUUCAAAAUUAAUCACAAUUUGUCUCUUGUGUGGAAUCAGUAUGGUUGGGACAAGGUGUCAAACCUUUUGUAUGUUGAUCAACCAACUGGAACUGGCUUUAGCUACAGUACUGAUUUGCGUGAUAUUCGUCAUAAUGAAAAGGGUGUUAGCAAUGACCUGUAUGACUUUUUGCAGGCCUUCUUUGUAGAGCAUCCCCAAUAUGCAAAGAAUGACUUUUUUAUUACAGGUGAAUCGUAUGCUGGGCACUAUAUUCCUGCUUUAGCCUCUCGUAUCCGUCAGGGAAACCAAGCUAAUGAAGGAAUUCAUAUAAAUUUGAAGGGAUUGGCCAUUGGUAAUGGACUUACUAAUCCUGCAAUUCAGUAUAAAGCUUACCCAGACUAUGCACUGGACAUGGGCAUAAUUACACAGGCUACACAUGACCUCCUUGGCAAAGUAUUGGUUCCAGCCUGUGAAUUGGCUAUAAAGCUAUGUGGCACCGAUGGUAAGGUUUCCUGUCUGACUGCAAAUGUAGCCUGUAAUCUCAUAUUCAGUGACAUCAUGUUACACGCCCGAGGUGUAAAUUACUAUGAUAUCAGAAAGAAGUGUGAGGGGAGCCUCUGCUAUGAUUUCUCAAACAUGGAGAAGUUCCUGAACCAAGAAUCGGUUCGGGAUUCACUAGGGGUUGGCAAAAUUCGUUUUGUUUCUUGUAGCACGGAAGUUUAUAUGGCUAUGUUGGUGGAUUGGAUGAGGAAUCUGGAAGUUGGUAUUCCUCUCCUUCUUGAGGAUGGGAUUAAUUUACUUAUUUAUGCUGGGGAAUAUGAUUUGAUAUGCAACUGGCUUGGUAAUUCAAGAUGGGUUCAUGCCAUGAAAUGGUCUGGUCAGAAAGAAUUUGUAGCCUCGCCUGAUGUUCCUUUUGUUGUUAAUGGAUCACAAGCUGGAUUAUUGAAGAGCUAUGGUCCUCUGAGUUUCCUUAAGGUCCAUGAUGCGGGUCACAUGGUUCCAAUGGACCAGCCCAAGGCUGCAUUAGAGAUGCUUGAGCGGUGGACUCGGGGAACCCUUGCUGAAUCCAUAGCUGGUGAGGAAAGAUUGGUUGCUGACAUGUGA